AUGAUUCAAACCCUUGGCUCAUGGGAUGAGGGGAUCCAUGCCUUUUUAGAGAACGCACGCCAAAGUGGUCCCCAACCUUGGGACAUGAGCUAUGAGGAUGGGCGACGAAUGACACGGGAUCCACGAGUUUUGCGCCAGUUGCAGCUUGAAGAUGAAUGGAAGGACACCUGUAUGGAGGGAAUUUGGGCCGGAAUGCGUCGCAUUGCACGUCCUGUGGAAAAUUUCAAAGUAUCAGAGUCCCGGUUCUAUGAAUAUUUGUCUUCAAUAGGCAUUUCUAGCGAGCAUCUUAAAUGCAGACUCUUCGAGGUGUUUCGUUCAGAUACAUGCGCUGAAGUUGACUGCCUCCGUACCUGCAAAGCGAUUCAUAUGGGCUUAACGAAUGAGUGCACAUCGUCCAAUUUUCUUGAGCAUUGCUAUAAGUGCCUUCCUUUUAGUCUUUCUUCAGGUGAGGUAGAAAUUCCUGCUGUGAUGCGGGAAUUAGAGCUGCAACGUCGCGUAAAGGAUCAAAAGACAUCAGUAAUUUUGAGAGUGCAACAGUUAGAGGGUGUUUUGAGUUUUUGCGAGGAAGCAGAAGAAACUAUUUUAAGCAUGGAAAAUUUUAUGAUUCUGUUCUUUGAUGAGGCGUGGUGCUUGUGGGCGAGUAGCUUCGUGAAACAAAUAUUCGAAGCAGCAGCGAAAUAUUUCAGAAGUCCCUAUGGCGUCUUUCCCACAAUUCCUCUGCGGUGGACACUUACGACGGAGCCCUUGCCGUACGACCGACAUACCAUUUACGAUGCAAAUUCACUUCUUCUACGGAAUAUUGAAUUAACAGGAAGGGAGAACGCCGAUGGAAGCCAAAAAAAGAGGAGACCUCGCAAGGGUGCAGUGUCAAAGAAGAGGAAGCGGAUGUAA